GUAACUUUAUUCUUCCGGUGACAUGACAGGUGGUGUGGCGCUCUGCCUGUAGGAUACGCGGUUGUUUGCUGUGCGAUGUAUGUAAAUAGAAUAUAGACUUUUGUAUAUAUACAAUAAAGUUAACAUGGCAAGCGCCGCAAAUCUUAAUGCAGUUCGGGAAACAAUGGACGUUCUGCUAGAGAUAUCAAAGCUUCUGAAUACAGGCCUGGAUAUGGAAUCUCUUUCAAUAUGCGUUCGUCUCUGUGAGCAAGGCAUCAACCCUGAGGCCCUAUCGUCAGUGAUUAAGGAGCUGCGCAAAGCAUCCGAUUCCUUAAAGGUUUCUGAAAACAGUACAACCUGAAGAGGCGGAAUUGUCUUUCUCUUUAAACUGACCCUGGUUAUGCCUUCUAUAUAACGAUGUGCAAUGUUGUGAUGUAUUUUUACAUGCCAAGAAGAUUCUUGUAUGUAUAGAUGCAUUUUUAUGCAAACAUGAUAAAUAAACCGCAAGGACUAGUUAAUAUCCA